AAUGGUUGGCAAAGUUGCUAUAAAAAAGGGUGGAGUAAUGGUCAGUAGUAAACCAACUAGCUAGCUAGCAGAUCGAUCAUAUAGAAGAAAUAAAGGAGGGGUUGUCACUCUGAGUCUCGAAGGAAAGUAAUGGCAGGGGAAGCAGCGCAGGAGGAAUACACGCAGGAUGGGACAGUGGAUCUGAGAGGAAACCCGGUUCUUAGAUCAAAGAGAGGUGGAUGGACUGCUUGCUGGUUUGUUGUUGUGUACGAGGUUUUCGAACGCAUGGCGUAUUACGGUAUAUCCUCCAAUCUAAUCAUAUAUUUGACAACGAAGCUGCACCAGGGCACCGUCACCUCCUCCAACAAUGUCACCAAUUGGGUUGGGACUAUCUGGAUAACUCCCAUCUUGGGUGCUUACGUCGCCGAUGCUCAUCUCGGCCGAUACUGGACCUUUGUCGUUUCCUCUGUAAUUUACAUCUCGGGAAUGUUGAUACUAACAUUGGCAGUUUCACUUCCUAGCCUAAAACCGCCUCGUUGCUUAGAAUCCGACGUCGAGAAUUGUAGAAAGGCCUCGACGUUACAGUUAGCAGUGUUUUAUGGUGCACUCUAUACCUUAGCAUUGGGAACAGGUGGAACCAAACCCAACAUCUCGACCAUUGGGGCAGACCAAUUCGAUGAGUUCGACCCAAAGGAGAAGGCCCACAAGCUGUCCUUCUUCAAUUGGUGGAUGUUUAGCAUCUUCUUUGGGACACUUUUUGCCAACACAGUUCUUGUCUACAUACAAGACAAUGUUGGAUGGACCUUAGGAUAUGGACUUCCGACACUUGGACUUGCAAUUUCGAUUAUCAUCUUCUUGGCUGGCACUCCCUUCUAUAGACACAAGGUGCCCUCAGGAAGUCCCUUCACAAGGAUGGCCAGGGUCAUUGUGGCUGCUCUUAGGAAAUGGAAGGUGCAUAUCCCUAAUGAUCCCAAAGAGCUCUAUGAGCUUGAGUUGGAGGAGUAUGCAAAGAAAGGAAAGUUCAGGAUUGAUUCCACACCGACCUUGAGGUUUCUUACCAAAGCGUCUGUGAAAACUGGCUCAACCAGUCCAUGGAUGUUGUGCUCAGUUACACAAGUAGAGGAGACCAAACAAAUGAUACGAAUGAUCCCAAUCUUGAUUGCCACGUUUGUACCGAGCACAAUGGUUGCACAAAUCAAUACUCUUUUCGUCAAGCAAGGUACCACCCUUGAUAGAGCCAUUGGCAGCUUUAAAAUCCCACCGGCAAGUUUAGCUGGAUUUGUCACCAUAUCCAUGCUUGUUAGUGUGGUGCUCUAUGAUCGGUAUUUCGUUCGGAUUAUGCAAAGGUGGACCAAAAACCCAAGAGGCGUCACUCUCCUUCAAAGAAUGGGCGUUGGCCUUGUUAUCCACAUUAUAAUCAUGGUAAUCGCCUCUCUGACCGAGAAGUAUAGACUCAGUGUGGCCAAAGAUCAUGGGUUAGUUGAAAAUAAAGGACAAGUUCCUUUAACCAUAUUCGUAUUGCUUCCCCAAUUCGUGCUGAUGGGAACAGCAGACGCAUUUUUAGAGGUUGCAAAGCUUGAGUUCUUCUACGACCAGGCACCAGAAAGCAUGAAGAGUCUAGGGACUUCCUAUGCCAUGACUACUCUAGGAGUUGGAAACUUUCUGAGUAGUUUCCUUCUUUCCACAGUUGCUGACAUAACCAAGGCGCAUGGUCACCAUGGAUGGAUUCUAAACAACCUGAAUGCUUCUCAUCUUGAUUAUUAUUAUGCAUUUUUCGUCAUAUUAAACUUCCUCAACUUCAUUUUCUUCUUGAUAGUGAUUAAGUUCUAUGUAUAUAAGGCCGAAAUCUCGGAUUCAAUAAAAGUGCUUACUGAAGAACUGCAGGGGAUGAAAGUCAUGAGGGUCUCGAACCAAGAUCAGGAAUCGAGGACAUAGAAAAGAAUACAGAAGUUAAGGCCGAUAUUGUAGUUUUAGGGUUGGCCUUGCAUGCUGGUGUAGCUUUACUUUAAGAAAAGUGUAUCUUUGAUAGUACUUUGCUUCUAUAACGUUACAAUUAACUUUUUAUGUA